CGGAAGUUUACCGAAGAUCAGGAACCUAUACCUCACAAUCAAGAAGCGAGCACAAAGAAAUCAAAUUGGUUUAUACUAGCUCGUAAAAACGAUAUUGGAUAUUGGACAUUGAGUCUUCGCGCCUAAGUCAACUUGUCACGUACUCCACGAACUUUUCUCGUUGCUAUAGUCUUUCGCUCUGCUCGCAGGAUUGUUCCCCCUUUGUGGUUUAGUGUGGGCUGUUGGGCAGUGUGUUCGCUUUCCUGUUUUUCAGGUGAAGCUGCCUCCGAGCUUCAGUUGUCACAAUUUGUCCGAUGAGCGAAUCUAAGCGCGGAAGGAGAUCUAUCAUGGGUCUUCUAGACCUAACAAACAUCAUUGAUUCCUCACCAGAAAGUGCCGACUCGGGUGGAACUCUCAGAAGGUCCUUGAGAUUACGCCGCAAAUCCAUACCUGCAGCGUCCCUUGGUGGACAAACACACCCAUCUAAAAGAUAUAGUCGAAAGUCAGUGAUUAAUCCGCAAACUCAUACGAAUGCAGCUUAUGACGCAUCGUGCAGUUCUUCUCAUUCGCCUGCCCAAAAUGAAAAUAAUAUACCAUUUACGGAUAUUUCUGCACAGUCAUGCUUUACUGCGUCACCUGAUAAGAUAUCUGUCUUAUCGCAAGAUAAAUUGGAAAAUGUCAGACCUCAAAGUCCUCUGCACAUACCAUCAGACAUUGCAAACGUCUAUCUUCCUGAUAAGUAUACGCCCCCAAAACACAGGGGUUUGCCAACUAUUUUCGAAAAUUCAGUUGAAAAAAAUCAACGCUCCCAUAAGUCCUGCAGAAACACUGAACGUUCCCCCUUAAGAAGGCAGAUAUUUACAGGACUAACACUCGAAGAAGCAUGCAACCCUACAGGUCCCGGCGUCGCCCCUCUGGAUCGAGAUCUUGUCUUAUCAACAACACGCAAGCGUGUCGCACAGCGCCGAAAGCUUGCCAAGAAGUUAGGAUUUAAAGGCAUUACCAUAUCCAAAAAAACUGAGAAAAACUUCAGCAAAUUCGUUUUAGAAUCAGCUUUAAAUUCUUCUCAAAGUAGUUCAACUUCUGAUUGAGUGGAGAAAACUUUCGUAGACUCCUCUGUGUAAGAGUGUGUUUCACUCCCUACUGCAUCUUUCAAUAAAAUAUAUUGUAUUAGGUUUUUUAAAUGUAUAUUUACCGCUUUGUUCCUGUACAUCUAUGGCAUUUUACUGUUUGUGGAAAGAUUUUAUAUUUAUGUACCAUUAACUUUAACUGUUUUUAACUUCCUAUUGUACAGUAAACACUUGAUUGAUACGGUAAACUAAACCUUGUUUUAACC